CACAACACCAAGCCAAACCAACAACCAACAACUUCAUGAGGCUCCUCUGACUUGCUGUCUACACAGUCACAAACCACCAAAAGGAACGAGGUAGGUAAACAGAGCAAAGGCGACGACAAUGGUAAGGUAUAUAUAGUGUAAAAGACCUUUGAAAGGAAGAGGAAGCUCUCCUCUGUUCUGUCCAUCACAUACAUCACCGUCAUCACUUCACCUUCACUUGUCAACUCUCCCAUCCAAAACCGCCAACAUGCUCUCCCUCAAGCUCACCACCAUCGCCAUCCUCGCGACCCUCACCGUCGCCGCCCCAUCCCCAGCCUCCACCGUCACCUCCAUCUCCACAGAAGCGACAGAAGAAGUAGCAACCAAACCCUUCAGCUUCUCCCAAUGGGUAGACGACAUCCUCAACCCCAACGUCGUCGCCCUCACCCCAGAGGAAGCCCUCGAAGCCUACUACCAGAGCAUCAACGGCACCACUACUUCUGGGGCGGAGCAAUUGUCCAAGAGGGGGAGUUCAACCGCAACCUGCGAAACCGCCAACUCCAAGCGCAUGCCCGUCGCCGACGCCGUUUAUCUAGUCAACACCAUGGCCGCGGGCGGUCAGGAACUCGUCCACAUCCCGAUUCCCUUUUGCUCGAAAUCUGUCUGCUCCAGUCCGAGCGGGAGGUCGAGCCUGAUUGGGCAGAAGGAUUGUAAUCUGUGGGUUGAGGAGCCGUCGGAGUAUUGGGCGAGGGCUGGGGGGUUUAUUAUGGACGCCUGCACAUGGGGUGAUAAGAGCGGUGGUAAGAUUGUGAUGCCUGCCAAUCGGUAUAUUACCGUUUUGCUGUAUGGUCAAGGGUACUAGAGAAGUUGAAUGUGUUGAGGUUGUUAUGACUUAUCAUGGGAAAGGGUUUCCGUUUAUGCGGGGGUUUAUGUGUGGUGAAAAGAGAUGUCAUGAAUUCCCAGGUUUGCAUUGCUAGGUGUAUUUUUUUUUUUUUUCCCCUCUGUCCAGACGAUGUACAUUUACAUACCUGACCCUGUAGGGUCGGGCAGCUUGGACCCUGGGGGUUUGUGGGCGCUUGCCGG